AUGUCGACUGUUAAUAUCAAUAUCAAAUCGUCCAGUGAUAAAAAGUUUGUCAUUACCAUUGAAACCACCAAGACCGUCCUCGACUUGAAAAAGGCCAUCGCAGAACAAACCGAUGCACCUGUGGAACGACAACGUUUAAUCUACUCUGGUCGCGUGUUAAAAGAUCCAGAUACUCUGGCUGAUUGCAAGAUUGCCGACGGUACUACGGCAGGUACGACGGGCACCGCUGCCACGCCCAGUGCCAACACAACAUCAACGACAACAAGCAACCCUGCCAAUCCAUCAUCAACACCAUCCACGUUUGCCGAUCCUUUUGGUGGUUUUGGCGGACAACCCAACGUCGGCUCGCCCAUGCAAGGCAAUCCGUUUGGCAUGUUUGGUACAGGGUUUGGGGCCGGUGCUAUGGGCAACAGUUUUGGAGCUCCCGAUCCAGGCGUGAUGAAUCAAAUGUUGCAGAAUCCCAUGUUUGCGCAGUACAUGUCCACGGUAUUGCAAAACCCGGCCGUGCUCGAGUCCAUUAUUGCCAGCAAUCCUCAACUAUCUACCAUGGGACCCGAAAUUCGAGGCAUGAUGCAGUCUCCAGAGUUUCGACAGAUGCUUUCCAAUCCCGAUAUGAUUCGUCAAAUGGCUACCAUGGCAUCGGCUAUGCAACAAAUGCAAGGCGGAGCUGGAGCAUCCCCGAACCUGUUUGGGUCACCUACGACCGGUCAGUCCCCCGCGCCACAGCAGCAACAGCAAACACCUUCUUCACAACCGACCGCCAAUCCUUUUGCUGCGUUUGGCAAUGCUCCUGCGAUUGAUCCUCAAUUGCAACAACGUAUGGCAGCCUUAUUCGGAGCAGGCAUGGGAUCGCCCGCCGCUGCACCGACCGAUACACGUUCCCCCGAAGAACGAUUCCAAGUCCAACUGCAGCAACUAAAUGAAAUGGGAUUCUGGGAUGCCGCCAAAAACAUUCGUGCCUUGCAAGCUACCGGAGGCAAUGUGAAUGCCGCCAUUGAACUGUUAUUUAGCGGUAAUUUCUAA